GCUGGCUACCCACUAUAGGCAGAGUUACUAAACACAGCUCAGCUUAGCUCAGGAAGAUAGCAAUGGCCAGGGCUUUCCCCAUGGGAAUGGGAGUGGUGGCUGUGGCUGCCGUGCUGGUGCUGCUGUGCGCCGCCGUGUCCUCCGCCGCCGCGCAGCCUCGUCCCCCUCUGCCAAAGAACUCCCACAUGAUCACCCCAGGGCGGUUUGGGAAGAGGGCCCAGGUGCUCUCCUGCGACGACACCAAGGACGGGAACGCACCCUGCGUCGCCACCUGCGACAAGCGCUGCCCCAACGAGUGCGUCGUCAUGUGCCCAGGCUGCAAGACAUACUGCUUGUGUGACUUUUAUCCCGGGGUGUCAUGUGGCGACCCUCGCUUCACCGGUGCCGAUGGCAACAACUUCUACUUCCACGGCAAGAAGGACCAGGACUUCUGUGUCAUCUCUGAUGCUGACCUCCACAUCAACGCUCACUUCAUCGGCAAGCGCAACCCCGCUAUGAGCCGUGACUUCACCUGGAUCCAGGCUCUGGGCAUCCGGUUUGCUGAUCACCGUCUCUACAUGGGUGCCCAAAAGACUACCAAGUGGAACAACGACGUCGACCGCCUCGAGUUCUCCUUCGAUGGAGAAUCGAUCAAUAUCGCUGCAGACAUCGGGGCAAAGUGGCAGUCCAGUGUCGCACCCGGGCUGACUGUCACUAGGACCACCGUGACCAACGGUGUGAGGGUCCAGCUUAAGGGUGUGUUCGACAUCAUGGCUAAGGUGGUUCCCAUCACAAAGGAGGACUCCCGCAUCCACAACUAUGGCGUGACAGAGGAUGACACCCUCGCGCAUCUGGACAUCGGGUUCAAAUUCUAUGACCUCACCGAUGAUGUUCACGGUGUCCUCGGCCAGACCUACCGCUCUGACUACGUCAACAAGCUCAGCGUAAGCGCCAACAUGCCAGUGAUGGGUGGCGUAGCGAGCUACAUCUCCUCCGACAUCUUCUCCACCGACUGCAAGGUCUCUAGGUUCGGUCUUAGCGCCGGCAUCACCAUGGUCACCACCGCGGCCAACUAAACUAUUUCUCAAUACAACAUCACUCUGAUGUUAUCGGCCUAUCUGAUGAUGGACAAAGGCCUACAAAUAAAAUAAUAUGUGAGAAAUGUAAUGUGUAACAUUGUUUUGUCCCAGAAAUUGACAACCUUCCCAUGAGAAAUGAAAUGAUCUUUCAUGCUGCAAA